AUGUUGACCAGCUCCAGCUCCUUUCUUCUCCGUCUAGCCACCUUCCUUUUCCUUCGCUGGGCGCCCGGCCAUGCUUUCGUUCCCAUAAUCUUUACCUCUCUCGCCGUUUAUUCGACGUCUCUGUACUUCUCAUCUAAGAAGAGUAACAAUGGCACUAUCAAGACUCUUCUUACUGGAGUUCCCAGCCGCCAGUCGUGGGCUACGCACAUCACUAUUCUGAUCAAUCUCCUUUGCGGUCUGUUUACGGCGGACUUUCUCCUGCGCGGCUUCAUCCUAUAUCCUACCGCUGGCCUGCGUUUCUCACGCGUAGGAUAUAUUACACAUAAUACCGCUGAGCUACUCCUUCGAGAGCCUGACGCUAGUCUGCUGCCCUUAAGUGUCUCCUACAAAGAAGCCCAGAAUGAGGAUAGCGAUCCUACCUCUUGGAUCCACGCAGCCACAAUCGACGCUCUGGACGAGUCAACGGACUACACGACCACUGUGACAUUCACGAAUUUGAGUCCGUCCUCUUCUUAUCAUUAUGCUCUGUCCAACAAUCAGACUGGUUUCUUCAUCACCAGCCCCGAUCCUGAUUCCUCCGCCGCCAACAGGCUCAGUUUCCUAACGUCCAGCUGCAUGAAGCCGAAUUUCCCCUACGACCCCCGGCGUCAUCCGCUGCGUAUCCCGGGUCUCGAGAAGAUGACCUCGGCCAUUUCGUCGCUUCCCCGCCUUCCAUCAUUCAUGCUCUUUCUAGGCGACUUCAUCUACAUUGAUGUUCCUCAGCGCUUCGGCUCGUCCGUCGACCACUACCGCAGCGAGUACCGUCGAGUUUACUCAUCCCCCUCCUGGACCUGGUCAGCGGCCAACCUCCCAUGGAUUCACACUCUUGACGACCAUGAGAUCGCAAAUGACUGGAAACACGGCAAUAGUACACCCCCCUACCCAGCUGCUAUUGACCCCUACGUGCAUUACCACGCCUCUGUGAACCCCCCUGCUCCAGACGUCACAACGGAGAACACAAAGCACUCGUAUACGAUGUUCACCAACGGCCCUGCUGCCUUCUUCCUUCUGGAUACCCGUUCCUACCGCUCCCCAGACGACGAGACAAUCCUCGGCAAAGCCCAGCUUAAUGCCCUACUAUCCUUCCUCGCCCGCCCGGAACCUCCACAUGUCCGCUGGAAGAUCGUCUCCUCCAGCGUUCCUUUCACUCGGAAUUGGCACGCCGGCACGGCAGACACAUGGGGCGGCUUCCUCUCCGAGCGUCGCGUUGUCUUCGACGCCAUGCGCGCCGCUCAACGGGCCCUGGAUAUUCGAGUCGUUCUUCUCUCCGGCGACAGACACGAGUUUGCCGCUACGCGAUUCCCUACAGUUCCUGAAUAUGACCCACUCGUCGACUCCGAAUCUCAAUCGCCCCGUAUCCAGAACCAAGAAGUCCUCGAAUCCGGCGAGGAUCUUGUUGAAUUCUGCACCGGCCCAUUGAGCAUGUUUUACGUUCCCGUACGCACAUACUACCAGUCUGGCCCGGACGACGUUCCCAUUAAGUACCUUCCCGAUGGGAACACGAAGUUUGGCCUCGUGGAGAUAGAAGAUGGUGUUGUGGAUGGUGUGCCAAGCUCUGUCCUUACAUAUUCACUCUAUAUCGAUGAGAACAUGGUUUGGAAGUACAGGCUAAGUGUGCCAUUGGCUCUGACUUCGGAAGCUGAAGAGCCUGCUGCGUCGGCAGAUGCGGCAGCGGGAACUUCAGCUGCGGGUGCAUUGCUUCCCCCUGGGGAAGUUUUGGUUGACAAGACGGUCGAUGGGUGGGUGGAUGUCAUUGCUAAGAGAGUGUUUGGGUGGGAUGUGAUGAGAGUUGAGCAUGCCAGUAAGGAUUGGGUCGUUUGA